AUCAACACAAACACAAAGCUCCGGAUCCGGGAUAUUUGUGUCAAGUAUUACUACUUGCCAGGAAAUCACGAGUAAAUAAUUGAAAAGAACCCAAACUGAGGUCCUUGCCCAGUGUGCAGGACUCGUACGAGUCGUACCAGAGCCAGAUCAGCUCCAGCUUCUACAGUAUUUUCAGGUACGUAGUGCUCCUGGAAAUUUUCUCCGACGCAGUGCAAGUUUGGCUAGUGAAGUUGCAGGUGAAAAGCUCAACCGUACGAACUUUUGGACCACGCUACGACGUUUUGGCGUACAGAGUUGUGGUGGUUUGGGUCAAGGUGAAUUUAGGCCGUGCUGUGCUGACCUCCUCGUCUUGAAAUGACUAUGCGGAUGUCCAGCAUUAGCACAGAGAGUGGCCACUGCCGUGCACAGUGAGAGGGCGAGAGCAGGACAUCAUGGCAGUAUACAAUGCCCCGACGUCAGGUCGGCAGAGUGUCAACAGCCAGUCACGGCUCUACUCACUGGACUCCGAACCUGCCACACCCAUACCCACCGAGAAGCGGAAAAUCAGGGGCUUGAGCAAAGUAUCCCAGCCACAGACCAAAUCAGCCAUUGAUGAUGCGUCGAUAUUUUCCUUUUUCCUGAUGAGCUGGAUGACGCCGCUGAUCAAGUUAGGCAACGAGAGAACACUAGAGCAGAAGGACUUGCCCGACGUGGGCAGGAGAGAUGAGUCGUCACGUCUUUGUCGUGAGCUGGAUAGAGAGUGGCAAAAAGAAGUUCAGAAGGACAAGCCAAGUUUGUUCCGUGCAUAUAUCAGAGUUUGGGGAAAGACGUUUCUCCUUCAGAAUUUCUUCUACUUCGGAAUAUAUAAUGGCAUUUCGCUCCUCCAGCCCUACUUUCUCGGCAAGCUAAUCGACCGGUUCACGUGUGAGAUAUCGCAGAAGGACGCAUACCUGUACGCAGUGGGCUUCGUGCUAGUUGGCUUCAUACGUGCGGUAGCGUAUCACCCUGCGUACUUUGUUAGUCAACGGGAGAUGGGAAUGCAGGUUCGAACGGCCACAACGUCUCUUAUUCACAAGAAGGUCUUACAGCUUAAUCACUCUGCACUGUUGAAGGUAUCCACCGGGCACGUUGUCAAUCUAGUGUCCACCGAUGUGCAGCGCUUUGACGAGCUAUCCUCCAUGUUUUCCAGUCUAUGGUGGGGACCUCUGCUGACCAUUGCUAUCAUGCUGCUGGUUUACCGGCAGAUCGGAGUCAGCUGUUUUGCCGGAUUUGCCAUACUGCCCAUUGUCUUCGUCUUCCAAAUCGUCUCCUCAAAGAUGAUGGCUCGUUUUCGGGAUCGUGUGGCCAGGUUGACUGACAAGCGUAUUCGAAUCAUGAACGAAAUCAUCACUGGCAUGCAGUUGAUCAAGAUGUAUGUGUGGGAGAAGCCGUUCCGCGCCUCCAUUGAAUCUAUACGAAAGAAGGAAAUCUCCACUGUUAAGAAACGUCAUGUGCUGUUCGGCCUCAACGCAAUCAUCCAUGAAAUCGGCAUCAUUCUCAUGGCCUUUCUGAUGUUCACGACGUAUGCCUAUGUUGGUGACACACCUCUGACGGCAGGGCAGGCAUUCCAAACACUCUCCUUCCUACAAAUUAUGCGUGUUCAAGUUCUCCUGCUCUUAGUCUUUGCUAUCAAUCUGACAGCCGAGAGCAGUGUCGCGAUCAAGCGAGUUCAGAAUUUCCUUGUAUUGUCGGAGACCAACACUGUCCACUCAUCCUCCGCUAAUGAGCGGCAACGAGAAGACAGCUCGGUCUUUCUUGCUGGUCCUGAUCGGGAGCCGUCGUCAGAGCUUCACUUCGAGGACAAUAUCUCUCCGGCAGAACACGUGGUGUCCGUUCAGGACUUGCACGCCUCCUGGGGACAGGUGGACGACAGUGAUUCGAACAGUCCUUUUCAGCUGAGCAACAUCAAUCUGACAGUGGACAAAGGAGAACUGGUGGCUGUUGUUGGCACUAUUGGCGCUGGAAAGACGUCAUUGCUGAUGUCAGUCCUGGGUGAGCUGCACAUCACAUCAGGACAUUGUACAGUGCACGGUGACAUUGGAUAUGCCGCUCAAAUACCAUGGGUGUUUUCCGGAACUAUCCGGGAGAACAUUCUCUUUGGAAGGGAACUAGAGGUGGACAGAUACGAAGCAGUCCUGGAAAGCUGUGGUCUGGAUGAGGACAUGGGUGCAAUGGACCAUGGCGAUCUAACACUAGUUGGUGAGAGAGGUGUCAAGCUCAGCGGUGGACAGAAGGCACGUAUUGGUUUGGCAAGGGCGUUGUAUCAAGAUGCCUCUGCAUAUCUACUCGAUGACCCGCUCAGCGCGGUUGAUGUUGCAGUUGGUCAACUCAUCUUUGAGAAGUGUAUUCGUGGACUACUGAAGGACAAGCCUGUGAUCUUGGUAACACAUCAGACCCAGUACUUACACGAAGCUACUCGUCUUCUUGUGCUGGAUGAGGGGAAGUCCCUGGGUACAUUUACCUACACUGAGUUACUGCGAUCGGAUUUAGAGAUUUCCCGGACACUGGUGGAGAAAGACAAUGAGGAGAAGAAAGAAGAGGAGACAGGGGACAAAACCAAGGCGAAGGACGAACUUGCCAAUGAUGUUGAGAAAGAAGUGCAGGAGGAUAAGGCUGCUGGGUCUGUGAAGUGGAACGACUACUGGCGAUUUGUUCGUGCUGGUGGCAGUGUCGUUGUCAUCGUGCUGCUCCUUCUUCUAUGCCUAGUGGCUCAGGCAAGUUUGACGGUGAAUGAUUGGUGGAUAGCAUACUGGACGAAUAGCAUACGUCGCAAUAGCAACACUACGGGUGCUGAUCUUGCCAGUGAUUGUCCAAGACCGUCACCAAUAGUGAACUCCACGCAAUCAAACCUAACCUCUAAUGAUGGCACCGAGUACUCGACUGCUUUCUUUGUCUCGGUGUGGGGUGGUCUGAUUGCCGUGUCGGUUGUCCUGAGUACCAUGCGUACCAUCCUGGUGCGCUUCAUCUUCUUCUUUUCUUCAAACACACUUCACUCUCGCAUGCUGUCUUCUGUACUGGCUGCUCCCAUGCUUUUCUUCGAUACAAACCCUAGCGGACGUGUACUGAAUCGUUUCUCCAAGGACAUUUCCCUGCUGGAUAUCCAGAUGCCCUGGUUGUUUUACGAUAGCAUUCUGUGGAUAAUAGCAGUAAGUACAGUGGUGAUCUUUGUCAGUAUUGUCAAUCCCUGGACUCUCAUAACUCUGCCUCCGCUCACACUGCUCUACCUAUGGCUGCAAAGGAAAUAUGUCAAGGUGUCGCGUGAGAUCAAGAGACUGGAAGCUAUUGCCCGCAGUCCUGUCUAUUCGCAUUUCUCCGCCACGCUGCAAGGCCUCACAACCAUUCGAGCGCUGCACGCCGAGUAUCGUCUACAAGAGACGUUCAACGGAUUGCUGGACGCGCACUCUCGCGCCUGGCUAUCGUACCUAGGAGCAACGCGAUGGCUGUCAGUUCGUAUUGAGCUCCUGUCAACGGGCUACUUGGCACUUGUGACGUUUUCUUCAUUACUAGUGUUCGACUACACCAGCUCAACAAACCUUGAUGCUGGCACAUUUGGUCUAUCGUUGUCCUAUCAACUAGCUCUGUACGGCUUUCUGCAGUGGGUGAUCAGAGCGUGUGCUGAAGUGGAGAACAUGAUGACUUCAGCUGAGCGUGUCUUCAGCUACUGUGAGUUGGAGAGUGAGAAGCAGCCCGACCUGCCCAUUCAACCAGCAGCAGACUGGCCGCAGUAUGGGAUUAUCACCGGAGAACGCAUGACGUAUCGCUACUCGCCCGAGGGUCCACCCGUCCUUCGCGCUAUCAAUUUCUGUAUCCGUCACCAGGAGAAGGUCGGCAUAGUAGGUCGUACAGGUGCCGGCAAGUCAUCGUUCAUCAAUGCAUUGUUUAGACUUGCUCCGACAAGCGGUAAAGUCAUGAUUGAUGGCAUGGAGUUGGACAAAGUGUUGCUGAGCACCAUGAGACAGAAACUGUCCAUCAUCCCACAGGACCCUGUUCUGUACAGCGGAUCAUUACGCUACAACCUCGACCCCUUUCAACAGUAUGGUGAUGAUAAACUCUGGCAGGUGUUGGGCAUGGUACAAUUGCAAGAGUACGUCUCCCAACUUGAUGGCGGUCUGCAGUCAGAGCUCUCCGAGAGUGGCUCUAACCUGAGCGUCGGUCAACGGCAGCUGGUUUGCCUUGCCAGAGCAUUGCUGGACUGCAAUAAGAUGCUGCUCAUUGAUGAAGCCACUGCCAAUGUUGAUAACCAGACGGAUGCCGUCAUCCAGUUGACGUUACGUACUCACUUCAAAAACUGCACUGUUGUCACAAUUGCACAUCGUCUGAAAACAGUCAUGGACUCGGAUCGCAUCAUGGUCAUCGACAACGGCAAGAUCAAAGAGUUUGAUCCACCACUGUACUUGCUUGACGAGAAACCUGACGGCUUGUUCGCAGAGAUGGUUAAUUCGCACGGCGAAGAAGAGGCGAAACGAUUGCGAGAAGCGUGCUGCUCCAAACAAUAUUGGACGGAAGUAGCUGCUGCCCUGGAGGAGGAGAACGCAUCAAUUAAGUCGCGCUCGCCUUUUACAAAUGGUACACAGAAGGAGCCAAGGGACAAGCUGGACCAGCAGUUGUCGGCACCUGCUCACUAUGUCACUGAGUCCAGUGGUGCUAGUCAUGUGGCCCUGGCUGGCUCCACAUCCUCACUCAGUGUCGUACAUAGACCAGCUGCUGCUGCUGCCCACGAUAGCAGCCGGCGGGUAAGCAGGUCAGAAACAAGCAUCUAGUAGUGUUAGUACGAUGCGAUACAUUAGAUCAUGACUUGAUAACAACCACCUUGCUACUUGCUGGCAAGAAGCAAUAUGAAUAGGAUUCUGAGAGCAUCCUGAGGUGGAUGAUGUAGCAGCCACUAACAAGGCAUUCACAAUAUUGCAUUAGAUUUUGUCUGAGGUGAGUCAUUAGGCAUUGGUGAUUUGGUGAGUCACAGAGAAUGUUGAGUUGUGUUGAAAUUCCUACUACUGCUGCUGCUGUUGAGCAAGCACUUGCUGGGUGCCUUAUCUAAUUUAUCUAUACUGCACACCUAGGCUAUGUAGGCAAGCUGGUUUUUACUGGGUGUUUUCUGCUAUUUCCAAUUAGUUUUUUUUAAGGUAGGUGUGACUAAGGUUUUUAGAAGGUAUUCCAGGCAUACCAAGGUACCAUAAAAGUUACAGUUGAAUCUGCCUUACCAUCAUAGCAUUUUCUACAUUAUUUUGUUAGUACAGUUAUGGUCAUGGUUAAGGAGGGUGCUAGAUUAACAUUUUUUUGAUAUUAUGGUUUCUGAAAUUUAUUCUGGUUUCUCGGCUGUUUCGAUCUGCGGCGACGGAGCAAAGAUGCCACAGAAGCAUUCCACGGCAUCGUUCUUCCAUACGACACGACCAGAUCAGUUCAUUCAUUCACUACCAGUGGUUAUUCAUUCAUUCUUACAGUGUGACCUGACCCCUCCCUCAAAAAUAA